GGUCAGUGAGGCUGGAAAGUUUUGAGACUCGUUCUAGGUACCGUACCUGCACAGAGAAGUUCCGCAACCCACCCCUGAUCCAAGGAGUCCAGCCUUUUGUCCAAAGGAGUUAUCUCUACAUUCAAAAUCAAGGCGCUGAAGCUGGAAUCCAGCAUCCCAUUGGAGUAUCCUCGGAGCAGCCUUCUCAAUCUACCUGCAGGACGAGUGGGGACUGGGCAGGGAAGCAAGCCUGACCGCUAAAGGAGAUGACUGGACCUGGGGUCAGCUUCUAAACAGACCGCAAAAUAUACCUUCACAGUCAGGAAGUUACUAGCACAGUCUGACCUUAAACAAUCAAACAGUCCUUACAUAUAUGAAGUCUGUAUAUAUAUAUAUAUAUAUAUAGAUAUAUAUAGCAAAUAACAGAAUAAGAAAGGUCACACAUGCAUAGUCAAUCGAUACAGGCAUACAAAAAAACAGUGCAUACAGUCCACACACCCAGCCAGAGACUAACUUGCAGCUGCAAGACCGGUCCGUACACACAAAGAGGCAACCUGUAUACGCACAGCAGAGCUCGCAACUUCUGUAAGUUCUGCCGCCUGGUCCCCUGGACGAUGAGUGAUGCCCCCACCCUGGACUACGAGCUCCUGUCCCCAGGGCCCUCGGAUGGGGCCCCCACGGCCGGCCCCAGCCUCUCGGGCGGCGCCGAGCAGAAGACCGCCUUUGCCUUCGUAGGCCUCCUGCUAGUCUUCCUGGUGGUUCUGGUGGUACGCUGCUUUCGCGUGCUGCUGGACCCCUACAGCCGCAUGCCCUCGUCCUCCUGGGGCGAACGCAAGGAUGGGCUGGAGAGGGGUCAGUUUGACUACGCGCUCGUGUAGACCACCCCCGCCCGCGCAGCCCACACAACCGCUCUUAAACCAUAUCUACAAUGCCUUUUAAUGCUGCGUAGGCUUCAGUUUCCUAGGCUGGCCACAAGGGGGAGAGGGUGGGGUUUGUUGUACCUGCCUUUCCAGGACUGGCCACAAGGUGGCGCAAUCCCUGCUAAAUGUUUGUGAAAUUUAGUCGAGCCUCCUUUUCUGUCUUGUUUUCGCACUGUCCAGUUUGAGAAGCACCAUGUUACUAAUAUAUCAUGUUUCCAAUCUAAUCUGCAACCGACAUUAAGAUGAUGGUAAACACACGCCAAUAAGUACCUGUUGGCAAGUUCUUUCACCUGGAUGAAAUAAUUCCGUGAAUGAGCAUUCUGCAUUUGCACUUUGCGGUUGAAUACCCCCCUCUAGUGUCCAUUGCCUUGAAUACUCAUUAGGUAAUUUAUUAGAGAUGUUUUACAGUGCUGGGUGUUUCCAUCAAUGCAGCUAGAAUUGGGACUUCACCAGCAUGGAUCUCUGAUCUCUCAUUUCUAAUGGAAACGUGGCAUUUGGGAGUCCCAUUUCACCAGUGGUUCUAGACUGUAACUAGGGCUCUAGCGUUGAUCAUGAAACAAGAUCUCACUUUUUUUUCCCCCAUAUCUUGAAUGAGGCUCUGAUUCUGUUCAUUGAUAUUGUAACAAAAAAAAAAAAAAAAAAAAAAGUUCAGUUCAAUUGCUUUUCCCGGAUUUAAAAUCUUAAUGACUCGUUGCAAAAAUGUUAUAACCCGUUUUGCAAAUAAUCAUUUCCUCAAAAUUACGAUUAAAUGAAAUCAAUUUAACUUCACUCGCUGUUUGCGUUCGGGUUUAAUUAAGGAGCUGUCUUUUUUUCUACAUUAUCAAUGGAACAGAUUGAUAGUGUCAGUCAAGUUACAGGAGAAAAAACUAAAGUGAACUUGUUUCACAAUCAAUCAAUCAUAUCAUAAUCAAUCAUAUUUCAUCCAGGUGAAAGAACUUGCCAACAGGUACUUAUUGGCAUGUGUUGUUUCACAAGAGUUUAAUUGAAAAGUUGGCUCCAAAAAAAAAAAAAAGGGACAUCAGGUGACCAAAAAUAAAAAAAGCGAAAAAUCAAAGAGCCCUAAGUAUCAGAUACUUGCAUUGCAGCAAAUGCAGCGGCUAGAAAUAUGGUUUGAAAUGCAGACAGUUUAUUUCGGUAGGCUGCGUGGCUCAGUGGUUAGAGCUGAUGGCUGGGAGCUUGUGGAUUCCAUAUCCAAGCUCCCCCCCAACCCCCCCCCCCCCCCUGCCAAGGAAAUGCUGUGUGUUCCUAACAGCAAAACCUCUCCAUUUCAAAAACCAUUUGAAUUGUAACUUUAAUGCAUUUUAUGAAUUGAGUUUCGAUUUGAAUUAAAUCUACCUGGUUUAAAAAAAAAAAAAAAAAAAAAAAAAAAAGUGGUAUAAUGCAUUUAUUUAUUUAAAAAAAGGGAGAAAAUAACAGUACCUGAUGAAACAAGGGAGAAUACAAAAUGAAUGGCAAGGGUAUCUACAAUGAUAUCAAUAAAUAAGGUAACAUCUGCAAACAUAAAUAUGAAGGAUAUUAUCACUGUUAAGUUUAUUUCAGACCCCUCUAGGGCCCUCUGAGUGUGUGGGACCCCUGCACAGGUACCCUCAGCCACAGCCAAGGAUACUAAUUAUAAAUCAUAAUGCAGGUUGUGGAUGGGGAGGAAUAUUGCAUAGAACUGAUGCGGACAGGGAAUGGCGUCCCUUCCUGAUGUCUAUUGUAACACUAUGAGUUUCCUUACUAUACAGCUACUAUACAGCUUGCUUUGUCUCUGAAAUGGAAAGCCUUAUGUUGAACUUUUUUGUAUCAGUGUUGUCUUCUGUCUGAUGAACUUUACACUGGCUUGAAGCCUAUUUGAGGAGACGUUUGGUCUUUAUUGUGUGUGGGGGGAAAAAAAGAUUUGUAAGUAGUAUUUUUCUUAUUCUGUCUUUUUGUUAAGCUGGGUCAAUACUAUGAAAUAAAGGGAAAGUAUAUUUCUUCAUCA